AUGAUCACAGUGAUCUCAGCCUUCUUCUUUGCUUCAUGGGUUCUGUGGAAGCUGAUGAAUCGGUGGAAUAGACAAGCCCCUCUGCGUAAAAUCGCAGGCCCGCCUAGCCCGUCGUUAUUGACAGGUCAUAUGGGCCAGGUAUAUAGUCAACAAGGUUGGAAGUUUCAUGCCGAUCUUGCAGCAAAUUACGGCAAAGUCGUCAAGCUCGAUGGAAUCCUAGGAGACGCACACUUAUAUGUCAGCGAUACCAGAGCUCUUCAUAAUAUCUUGGUCAAAGAUCAGCACAUAUUUGAAGAGUCGUCGCAUUUCAUCCAGCAGAAUAGACUCAUAUUCGGCAUGGGACUGGCAUCGACCUUAGGCGACCAUCAUAAGCGACAACGGAAGCUCUUGAACCCUGUCUUUUCCAGCAGCCAUAUGCGGUAUAUGAUGCCAACUUUCCAUCGAAUUUCUCAUCAGCUUCGAGAUGUCCUUAUUCGGAUGACCAAGGGUUGUUCGGCAGAGGUUGAUAUGAUGGACUGGAUGACGCGUGCUGCGCUUGAGAUCAUCGGUCAAGGAGGGCUUGGAUACUCUUUUGAUAGCCUAAAUGACAAGAUCGAGAACUCGUAUGGUAAUGCGGCGAAAACCUUAUGGCCUACCAUCAACUCGCCACCGAUCAUGAUCAUAGGGCAAUUCUUACCUUGGGCUGUCAAGUUUGGAAAUGCCGCUUUCCGCAGGGCUAUUGCGGAAGCAAUUCCCGAAAAAACCAUCCGGCAACUUGUUAAUAUCGUCAAUAUCAUGGACACUACGGCUAAGGAAGUUUUCGAGAUCAAGAAGACGGCUCUUAACAAAGGUGACGAGGCUAUGCUUGCACAAAUAGGAGAGGGCAAAGACAUCAUGAGCAUCCUAUUGAAAGCGAACCUGGCUGCUUCGGAAGAAGAUUCACUUACCGAAUCAGAGCUGCUAGCUCAAAUGAACGUUCUGAUCUUCGCAGCUAUGGACACGACAUCAUCUGCACUCGCCCGCAUUCUCCAUCUGCUGAGCGAACAUGUUGAAGUCCAAGAGAAGCUUCGUGCCGAACUCACGGAGGCUGCAGCCAAAGGCGCCCUGGAUUUCGACAGUCUAAAUGGCCUUCCUUACUUGGAUGCCGUAUGCAGGGAAACGCUCAGACUGUAUCCUCCGGUCCCGUAUGUAAAUAGAACUACUCGCCAGGACGUAGUUCUACCUUUGGGGACGCCCAUAACCGGGGUCGAUGGAACUGAAAUUUCAAAAAUCACGAUUCCCAGGAAUACAGGGAUCAUCGUCAGCAUCAUCGCAGUCAACCGUGAUCCAGGCAUCUGGGGCCCAGAUGUGAUGGAAUGGAAACCCGAAAGGUGGCUUUCGACCCUGCCCGCGUCGGUGACAGACGCUCGCAUCCCGGGGAUCUACUCAAACACGUUAACAUUCUUGGGUGGUGGUCGCUCGUGCAUCGGCUUUAAAUUUUCUCAGCUGGAAAUGAAGGUUAUCCUUGCCUCUUUGAUUCCUGCCAUCCGGUUCUCUGCUUCGAAGAAACGCAUAGGUUGGGUGAUGGGAGGACUCACGGGACCUGUCCUGGAGGGGACUUCCCAGCCGUCGAUGCCUCUAAUUUUAACUCCGGUGAAAAGCGAACAGAAUGUUCAAUAGACGACUUGUCUCAUUCCUCAGGCCCUUUCGUAUUGUAUGUAUAUUUCGCAUCGGAAACUCUCAUACAGCGUGUAUUACACUCAUC